GGAACGGGCUCCAGAGAAAACCGAAGAAGAAGACAAUAAUGUUUCCAUCUGUCAAGAAGACUCUAAAAUAAAACUAAAGUUUGUGACUAAAGUCGUUGUCAACCGAGGGAGAUUUACCGGCCGUGGCAGGCAGUUGUUUGGGUCAAUGUCUGCUGGAAAUGGCGGGACAAAGUCAGCCCGUUGUUAGUGUUAUCCCUGAUGAUGAGGGGAAAGAAAAGUUCAAGAAAAGUGAAAAUGUUGAAUUUUACAGACGACAGAUUCAAGGGUCUGACCUGAGGCACCGGGCUCUUCUGGACACCAUGGUGUUCACUGAGAAGGGGGCGCAUUGUGAACUGUUGGAACCUGACACACAGGCCAGACUGCUUCUGUCUCUGUCACCUUGCAAAUUUGACACUGUGAGGAUUUUAAUAGACGAAGUCCAGCCUAUAAAAGCGCGAUACCGAGUUCCAGAUGUGAUGACUGGAGAACCGGAGUGUGAACAGCUGAGAGUGGAGACCCAGACUAAGGACUCCAUCACCCUUUCUUGGUCUUCAGGACGUUACCAGAUCCAAAUAUGGUGUUUCCCUUUCCGACUGGAGAUCCUGUGUGAACAGGAGGCCGUGGCCACCUUCAACUCUGCCGGCAAGUUGUGGUUUGACAGAUUGCAGGAUCCACCAUGGUGACUUCAGGGUGGCCAGAAAAGUCCGUUAUGGGAGGAGACUUUCAGGAACUUUGUGGAUAUCAAGGCUAAUGGUCCCAGCAGCGUCGGGGCAGACCUCUGUCUUCAUGGGUUCAGGCAUGUCUUCGGUCUACCAGAACACGCAGACAACCUGCAGCUCAGAGACACCAGAGAUGGAGAACCUUACCGGCUGUACAACCUGGACGUGUUUGCGUACGACCUGUACAGUCGCCUGGGCCUGUACGGAUCCGUCCCGCUGAUGGUGGCGCAUAAACCAGACAGGACUCUCGGCGUGUUUUGGUUGAAUGCUUCAGAGACUUUUGUAAACAUAAAGUACUCCCCUACCGACCAUCAGGAUGACCAAACCCCCCCGGUGAAGAGGAGGCGCGUGCAGCCUCAGACUGACGUCCACUGGCUGUCAGAGAGCGGCGUGAUCGACUGCAUGGUUCUGCUCGGGCCCAGUCCACAUGAGCUCUGCAGGCAGUACGCUCAGCUGACAGGGUAUCAGGCGCUGCCCCCCCUGUUCUCCCUCGGGUACCACCAGUGCCGCUGGAACUACGACGAUGAAGCGGACGUGAAGGCCGUGGAUGCUGGAUUUGAUCGACACAACAUCCCCUAUGAUGUCAUCUGGCUGGACAUUGAGCACACGGAGGGGAAGCGCUACUUCACCUGGGACCCGGCUCUCUUCCCUGACCCGGCCGGCCUGCAGCGCCAUCUAGAGGACAAGAAGAGGAAGCUGGUGGUGAUAAGUGAUCCCCACAUCAAGGUGGACCCCGAGUGGCCUUUCUACCGCCAGGCUCUAGAGGAAGGACACUUUGUGAAAGACAGAGAUGGACAGGUCUACCGAGGCCAGUGCUGGCCUGGAGAGUCCUCAUACCUCGACUUCAGUAGUCCAGCUACUCGGUCGUGGUACUCCAGAUGCUUCCGCUUGGAUAAAUACAAGGGAUCGACACCGGCGUUGUUUGUGUGGAACGACAUGAACGAGCCGUCCGUUUUCGAUGGACCGGAGCAGACGAUGCCGAAGGCCGUGGUGCAUCAUGGAGGCUGGGAGCACCGGGACUUACACAACCUGUACGGCUUUUACCAGCACAUGGCCACAGCGGAGGGUCUGAUAACCCGCUCAGGCGGCUCAGAAAGGCCCUUCGUCCUUUCUCGAUCAUUCUUCGCCGGCUCGCAGAGAUUUGGAGCGGUGUGGACAGGGGACAACGUCGCCAGCUGGGAUUACCUGAAGAUCUCAGUUCCCAUGGUUUUGUCUCUCAGCUUGGCGGGUGUGGCGUUUUGUGGAGCUGACGUUGGCGGGUUUGUGCAGGACCCGGAGCCGGAGCUGCUGGUGCGCUGGUACCAGGCAGCGGCUCUGCAGCCGUUUUUCCGAGGCCACUCUGCCAAGGAGACCAAGCGCCGGGAGCCCUGGCUGUUCGGGGAGGACGUCACCGCAGCGAUCCGCGCUGUCGUUCAUCAGAGGUACUGCCUGCUGCCGUACUGGUACACGCUGUUCCACCAGGCCCACACCUGCGGCCCGCCGCCUCUCAGACCUCUGUGGAUGGAGUUCCCGAGAGAGGAGAGCACCUUCUCUGUGGACAACCAGUACAUGAUUGGCGGAGCACUGCUGGCCCGUCCUGUAACAGAAGCAGGUGUCCAAGAAGUCCAGGUCCUACUUCCUGGAUCCAGUGAGGUCUGGUAUGACAUUAAUUCUGCAAAGGCGUACAAAGGAGGCCGGACCCUGAGCCUUCCCGUCACCCUGGACACGGUUCCGGUGUUCCAGCGCGGCGGCUCGGUGGUGUGUCGGUCAGCAGGACGGGGCAGCUGUGCCGCUGAGUACCAGCAGCUGCCCCUCUCCGUCACCGUGGCGCUGGACGCUCAGGGCCGCGCUGACGGCCGCUUGUACCUGGACGACGGCCACUCCUUCAGAUACCGGGACAGGAAGGCCUUCCGCCUGCGCGAGCUCAGCGUGGUGUCCGGCCGCCUGCUCUGCCGUCCUGCCGGGGAAGAGGGAAGCUUCGAGUGUGAGACCGUCGUACGCUCCGUUUCUGUCCUCGGGGUGAAGGUCAAGCCGUCCACCGUGACCGUGCAUGUGUCAGGCGCUGGCGACACGUCGGCUUCGUUUGAGUACGCAGCGGCCCGCUCUCUGCUGACGGUGACCCGCCUGGACCUCCGGGUGGCCGCCGACUGGGACAUACAGAUAGGUUAACGCUGGACGUGUCAGGGACCGGCUGUCCUUGGCUUUGAUUUAUUUAACUGGAGGACAGCGCUCAGUCCAACAGUCAGGGAAACAGCAGUAUCUGAAUGAAUAUACUUGAAUCACCAAACUUUACUGUUUCAGCGUUUUGCUGCUCGUUGAUUUUAGAGCACAGACAUUUAUUUUAAUUCCGUCAUCGUUUGAUCUGUUUUAACAUUCAGAUUUGAUCCAUGGCGGGUGAAUCCCUCCAGAGAUAUGAAUGGAUCUGACUCCACAAACAGGGUGCUAAUAAGUGAUGAAUGUUAGGUUUUGUUUGAAUAAAUGGCUCAUGUGUGGUCGCCUUUCAAAUGGUUCAGCGCCGGUGUUUUUUGUGCAUGCGUGUGCAGGGCUUGACCUCCUCCUCACUGCUUACAUACGAGUAACAGAGCAACAACAAAUGCCCCAAUGAAUCAAACCCUUCCAUGAAACAUUA